CAUAAUUUGUGAUUAGUUGUAAUUAGUCAGUUUCCAUUUAUAUGAUUAUGUACAUACAGUGGUGGAAAGAAUAUGGACAAACACUCAGCACUCAGCCACACAGUAUGUGAGUAUCCAUGGAAACAAAUAAAAGCUUUUGAAUCAUUUCUGCAAUCCACCUGAAAUGUAUCUAUGAUCAUUUUAGGGAGCUGUCUGCGCAGAGUUUUAGCGUUAUGCCUGAGUCCCUGUUCCUUGGUCCUUAUGAGACACACUUGCAGUUCUUCAUAUGGAAAGAGAUGCUGAAAUCCAUCCAUCCAGUGCCCUAUCAUCACACAGUGGAGGAUGGAGGUGGCCAAAGCGUAAAAGUGUCUUCCAACGGUCUUAGCGUCCAGAGUAAGAAAAAAACGUUGAAGAGAAACAAGGGCGCCACCCCUUGGCUGAGAGCUGACACUGCAUUUGGCACAGGACAGCACUACUGGGAGGUGGAGGUGGGGCAAAAAUCAGACUGGGGUGUGGGCGUUUGCAGCUGCAGUUCGGGCAAUGCCGACAAGGGCACAGCGCUGUUCCGUAGCUCAGACUCUGGCUAUUAUAUCCAGCAGGCCAGCGAUGCAGUCAGAAAACAAUUAUAUAUCGCAUCAUGUCCUAGAAAGAUAGGAGUGUACCUGGACUGUGACAGAAGGCAGGUCUCAUUUUAUAAUGCUGACAGCAUGAUUCACAUUGACACCAUAGCUUUGUCAAAAGCAUUACCUCAUUCUCUCUGUCUCUCUCCUGGUCCGUACUUGAAUGGAAAAAACAGAGAUCCACUUACAGUUUGCUGGUAUUAAGACAAAUAUCACGUCCUACGGUACUUUAAAUGUAUUGAAAGAGACUGAAUACUUAUGAGCGUUGAUAUUUAGAAAAAUAUACUUUGUUGAGUCCUGAGGGGAAAUUCAGGAAUGACGAAAUGAGACUAUUGCUUAUACUCCUUAAAGCCCUUAAAGCUGCCUGUAAUUCAUAAAACUGAUGUAAGCAAUUUAAAUUAAGCACAAGUCAGCUAAACUGUCUUUACAAUCUGACAACUAUUACUAAAGCAGUUACUAUGUGACAUAAAAGGGGGGUUGACACCACCUGUCCUGGUCUCUGUAAUUAAGCAUGCAUGUCAUUGGCUGUGGAGACAGAUAU